AUGCCUUCCGACACUAAAGCUAAGCCGGCGCAGGGGCAUACCCACGCCCAGUCUCGCGAGCGCUCUCACGGACACUCACACAGCCGUUCACACCAGCAUGCCUCCGUUCCAGCAUCAACCUCGAAGCCCCGGCCCGAAGUUGCCAAGCCCAAAGAAGCCUCUAUGAAGCCUUCAUCGUCGUCCAGAACCAAGCCGAGCUCCAGCCACCCCAAGACGGCGACGGCGACGACAACGAAGCAAGCCUCCCGCAGUCAUGGCCACGGCCACGGCUACAUCCACGUCUCCACCUCGCAGACCACGCCCAGGGACACGACCAAGUACGCCACAUCCAAGGCCCCGGCCAAGCCCGUCGCCCCAGCCGUCAAGCGCGCGCCCGCCACCCUAGCAGCCCCCGCGACGCAGUCAUCACCCAAGCCCAACUUCCGGCCGGCCACCGCCACCGCGCACACCAAGCGCGCGAUCCAAAAGUCGGCCGCCAUGAACCCGCCCGCCGCGGCCUCGCCCUCGCACUCGCACUCGCACUCGCGCUCGCAGCCGACAUCCCGCGCACCACCCGCGGCCGCCCUCCCGUCACGGCCGCGCGUGCACGCCUCGGCAGCACGGGCUCCUCCUCCUGCGGCACAGCAGCCGAAACAAAAGCAGACACCCCGCCGCGAAGAUCUAGCGCCCGUGUCCAUGGAUAUGAUCGCACCGUCGCCCAAGCCAGCAGCAGAAGCGCCGAAGAGACAGAAGAAGUACGCGGCCGACGCGCUGGUGCCGACGGCGUCGCUCGCCGUCCAGAAGGCUGCCGGCGGCGUGCAGGAUGCCGUUGGCGGCGCGGCACGUGGUGUCGGCCGCACUGUUGGUGGUGCGGUGGGCGGCGUCGGUCGCACCGUCGAGGGAGCUGCCGGCGGCGUCCAGAACACGGUUGGUGGCGCGGUUGGCGGCGUCGGUCGCACUGUUGGCGAUACCUCGGCUACGCUCGGCCGCGGUGAUUUGCGCGGCACUGGCGACACAGUCGGCGGCACUCUCGGCGGCAUCGGCGACACGGUGGGCGGGCCUGUAGGUGGCCUCGUCGGAGGGGUCGGCCGCGGUGUCGGCGGCGCCGUGUCGGGCGUCACGGGCGGCCUAGGGGACGGCCUCGGCAAGGUCGGGCAGGGCGACGUGCUCGGCGCCGUCGGGUCGAUUGUCGGCGGCGUCACGCAGGGCGGCGGCGGUCUGCUUGGCGGCGUGCUUGGCGGUGGCGAGGAGGGCGGAGGGCUGCUUGGUGGUGGUGGCGGUGGCGGUAGAGGCGGCGGUAGAGGCGGAGGCGGGCUGCUUGGUGGCGGUGGGCUGCUCUGA